AAUGAAUGUUUCUCGAACAGACAUGCACGGCUCAUCGCUGACGUUUAUGCAAAGGGAGAUCAGGACCACUUCAAUGUGACGUUCCCAUUGUAUUACACUCGUUUCGCCACUGAACCUGUGGACGUGGGUCGAACGCUGGGCGGAGUUACUUGCAUGGGAAAUCGAGAUUUCGAAAAUCUCGUUGUACGAGCGAUCGAAGCCGGCGAGGCACCAGCUCCACUACUGGACAUCUAUUAUUUCCAUUCCGACACCUUCGAUCAAGAACUGGCUAAUGAGAAUCGACGGAUCACUCCCAUGUUCUCUGUCACCUUCUCAGUCCUCAUCCUUUUCUCAAUACUGUGCACUUUCAAUGUGAAAUGGAUCUCUCUGCCAUCAGGAAUGUUCACGGAUUCGCAACUGACCAUACCCGUCGUGGAUUGGGUGCUGAGCAAGCCUCUGAUGGGUGUGAUCGGCGUGGUAUCAGCACUGAUGGCGAUCAUUUCAUCAACUGGACUGCUUCUGCUCUUUGGGGUGACAUUCGUCGAUAUGUGCACUGUGAUGCCGUUUCUCAGCUUGAGUAAGGACUUCAAAAACAAGACGUAG